AGGUGAGUUUGUCCUGAACAGAGGAAACAAAAAAAAUAAACUCUUAAAUAUGAAGCCGCUUGUCAGAAUCAUUUUCUGUCUGUUCUGUGGAGCUUCAGCAGCAGCUCCAGAGUUAUACUGGAACGCCAGGUUUGAAGACCAGAUACCAGAUCAGCCUGAAGUACAGGAACCAGCAGCUGUCGUCCAGGAGAAGCAGUCUUUCCAUGAACCACUGACUUGGAAGUUUCCAGAUCCACCGGCUGAGGAGCCGCCUCAGUUCCCUCCAGACUUUGAACUUAAGGUUCCAACAGCAACCAAUAGCGUCAGCGUCAUCUGCGGGGAGAACUCUGUCCGAGUGGAGGCCAAGAAAGACCUGCUGGGGAUCGGUAAACCUGUCCAGGCUGCAGACGUCACUCUAGGAGGAUGUCCUGCCACGAGGGAAGAUGCUGAAGCUCAGGCUCUAGUCUUUGAAUCAGAGCUGCAUGGAUGUGGCAGCCAGCUGCUGCUGACUGAGGACUCGUUCAUCUACGCCUUCACGCUGCUCUACACUCCCAGUCCUCUGGGAGACAGUCAAAUCGUCCGAACCACAGACGUCACAGUCAGCAUCCAGUGUCACUACCAGAGGAAGCAUGAUGUGAGCAGCGAGCAGUUGAAGCCAACCUGGACUCCGUUCAGUGACACCAAAGCUUCAGAGGACAGUCUCUAUUUCUCCCUCAGACUCAUGACUGAUAAUUGGCAGUUCGCUCGUCCAUCUGCUGAAUUCCUGCUGGGUGACAUGAUGAAGUUUGAAGUUUCAGUAAAACAGUUUCAUCAUGUCCCCCUCAGAGUGACGGUGGACAGUUGCGUGGCCACUGUGAUCCCAAAUGUUGACACCGUCCCCAGAUACGCCUUCCUGGGAAACAGUGGGUGUCUAUUUGACAGUCAGCUGACAGGCUCUAGCUCUCGGUUCCUGCCUCGGUCUCAGGACGACACGCUGCAGUUUGAGGUGGAGGCGUUCAGGUUCCAGCAGGACGACAGCGGCGUGAUCUACAUCACCUGCAGUCUGAAAGCGACAGCAGCUACUGCAGCUCUUGAUGCCACUAACAAGGCCUGUUCAUUCUCCAACGGGUGGAGGGAGACCAGUGGCAACCAUCAAGUCUGUAACUGUUGUGAUACAGACUGUGGGACAGGAAACCAGAACCCCCUCACAAGAACAGAUGCUCAGUGGGAACAGGAAACAGCGGUUGGACCAAUCAUUGUGAAAGAGAAACCUCUAUGACCAGAAAUAAAAACGACUUUAAAAUGAGGCUUACAAUACUUUAUAUUCAGACCAUUUGAGUAAUAAUACAUAAAAUUAAAAACUCUUUCUAUUAGAUUA